ACCUUACCAUUUAUGGUAACAGAAAUCUUCAUAAUAGGGAAACUGAAGUUAAGGGUUCAUACACAGCAAAACAAACCGCGAGGGAUCCUGGAAAGGAACGUUCUAAAUCUAAGUUUAGCUGUCUCUUCACUGACAUGGGAAGGUUUUUCACCUAUCAAGAUUAGUCAAAUGACAACAACUAUUUUCCGCACUGAAGACUACAAAAAAGCAAAGCCUGUCAAGAGAACACAAGUCUUGGACACUAUUCCCAAGGACUAGACUCCACAUGGCUUCAUGGAGUUCCAUCUCUACAUCACAAGGCAAUAACCAGAAUCUGAAACUGCAGAAUCCAUAAAACUAAAUCAUGUUGGCCAAAAAGUUGGUGACUGCACAGAAGCGAGGGGAAACCAGAGCAUUAUGCCUGGGACUGGGAAUGGUUGCCUGCUCAAUGGUGAUGUACUUUUUUAUUGGGAUCACAAUUGUGCCAUUGUACACGAGUAGUGUUUGGACAAAAAAUACUACGUGCAAGGUGCUGAAAACAAACAUCAAGGAGAAAGUCGAUUGUUCAUGCUGUGAAGAAGCAAAUGACAGUUAUCCUUGUCUGGAAGUCUGGGUCAACUUGAACUUCUCAGGACAAGAGGUUAUGCUAUAUCAUACAGAAGACACAUGGAGAAGAAAUCGCAAGUGCUCAUACAUCCCCACAAAGAAGGAGACCGCCAAAGAAGUUAAACAAUUAAUAGAGACCAUUGCAGAAAAUUUCAGAAGGUAUCAGACUUUUCCUUGUUAUUGUGACCCAGAAGGAAAACAGACAAGCGUCAUUUAUAGUAAACUAUAUCAACUAAAAGACCUACCUUUCGCUUUCCUCUGGCCUAGUCUCAUGUUAACUGGUGGAAUUCUGAUUGUUGUCAUGGUGAAAGUCAAUCAAUACAUGUCUGUAUUUUCUGCCUGGCAGUACAAAACAAACAUAUAACCUUCACAAAUUCAAGCUAGAAAGUGCCUCUAUCCCACCCA